AUGCUUUUCUACUCAACAAGAAAACAGAAGGUAAACAAAGUAAAAAGAUUUAUUUCCCGAUUCGUUUUGCAGCAUGGACAUGCUUGAAAAAUGCUUUUUGACAGACAAAUACAAAUUUUAGUUGCCGAAAAACAAUUUGUUCUUCACAACAUUUAUAACUGAAACAGUUUUGCCCGAAUAAGCCCAGGAAUCGUCUUUAAACUGCCGUUGAAGGUUUUUUUUAACAUUUUAUGUUUAAGGACAAGUUGUACGUUGUACUAUUUAUAUUUAUACGUAUAUUUUUGAAGAAUAGAUGAAUAUAUGUAGAAUAUUUGAAUCAAAACAUGUAGCACUGGCAAGUGUUUUUCGAUGUUUAUAUUUGUUUUUUUCGCAGUUUGGUCGGAGAAAAGUACAUUUCGGGCUUGGCACUAAGUCCACUGAAGCCAAUUCACUGUAUUUUACUAUCUUUAGUAUCGAUAGGGUGGAUUUUUAAAUUUUUGGGUAGUGUUUUAAGCAUAGAAUAAAGAUCCAUAUAGAAGGGCCACUGAUUGCAGGCCCAGAUUGCAGGAAAUCAAAAAAUAUCACUAGGCAUGCAUAAAUAAUAUAUAUAUAUAUAUAUAUAUAUAUAUAUAUAUAUAUAUAUAUAUAUAUAUAUAUAUAUAUAUAUAUAUAUAUAUAUACUGAAAUGUAUUCAAUGUAUUACCGUCAUGUUUUCAGGAUUUACAUUCCUGUCUUUAGAUUCAAUUGCUUCAUUCUGACUUUUCUUGCUUGAUGCACGUUUCUUUGAAGUUUUCUUAACUUUACUGUAAAUCUGAGCACUGCAACGAAACGGUGACUCGCAGAUCAAUUGCUUGCCGAAAGUGUAGAGGUUCAAGCUCGGUCUGCCAGGGACAGACAUAAAAGUACGUGACGAUAAUAUAAGUGCUACACUAUUAUUCACCAUUUCAUUAUCAUGUUGCAAUGCUUAUCAUAAUUCCUCUUCGGACAACUCUACCAAUUUAGCCAUGUACGCAUAUUUCCUUCACAAAAGUGUCAAAGCGGCAUGAGCAAAUCAAUAUUUUUGUAGCUAAGAAUUUCUUUUUAAAGCGCGGAUGCGGAGCAAACUGUUUGCACCAGUUAUUCGCAUCUCACGUAUUAUUGCACCAGUUAUAUGCAGAGUCAUUAACCAAUCAAAAUUGAUUAAUAUGUAAAUAAUUAUUCAGUAUCGGUAAAUAGUCCAAGGUUAUACCACCAACACGGCCGCCGUGACAUAACUUGCAAUCGACCUAUUGUUUAUUAAUGAUUGUUUAAAAGAAAGAGAAGUACUUUUAUAAGAGGCAAAUGACGUAUAGUGGUGUAUGUUUUGGCUCGAUUACAAUAAUGUAAGUACUCUUGUUUUCGUUCUCGUUUCUCAAACUCACUAUACCGCGCAUCCUCCCAACUUUUUUUCAAAAUCAUCGCGUGGUAUAAAGAUCUAGUCGAGUGCAAAUUUUAUACUUUUUCAGACCUGACCUGCAGGAGCAGCUGCGAAAAAUGCAUGCAACUGUAAGUCCUAUGGCAGGAAUCAAGCAUGUGGUCUUCGAACCUGCACCGGAAUCACAGGGCCAUGCAUGCAGAUGCUCGAUUCCUGCCAGAAGGCCUAUAUAGAUGCAUUUUUCGCAGCUGCUCAUGGCCAUGUCUAAAAAUAUAGAAGUUAUACACUCGAGAUUUCCAUCUACAAUCCGUCUAACAUUUAACACUAUCAUGUGAGAUGCCCAAAAUCCUGAUCUAUAUAUAUAUAUAUAUAUAUAUAUAUAUAUAUAUAUAUAUAUAUAUAUAUAUGUAUAAUAUAUUACCUUGUUGUCUGCUCUUCAACACUAUUCGUAACCGGAAAUGAGGGUGCUGCUGCAGCAACAAGCACAGGAACAGGCUUGGUAUCAUUAUCAGGUGUCACUGCCAAUAUAUCGAAACAUAUUUUAGAAACAAUGAACAUGUUGUAUUAAGAUACUUUAUUAAAAUAAAGUAUCUUAAUACAACAUGUUCAAUAAAUUACAUUUACAAACAAAGAAUUGUGCACUGUUGUACAGUACUGCAGUGUAUACAGUGGCAAAAAUAUAUUCUGGUUUUGUCGAAAAACCAAGACGAUAGCGUUUGAAGAGUUUAGAACGUUCAGGAAGUCUUCACAUGCAGGGAAGAUUGGCGUCCAUGUUAAGCGUAACGUUUCAUUAUUGUCUUACUAAAAAAAGUUGUUCACUGCUAAAAGCGUCAUUUUUAACUGCGUUUUGAGAAGUUGACAAUACCCAAAAGCACAUCUAACUUAAUUGAACAACGUUUUAACUGACAAUUACGCUAACUACAUUUUUAAACAGCCGACUGUAGUUGACUACCUGGUCAAAGUCAACCAUUAUUUAACAACAAAACGGAUAGUUAAAAAGUAGUUAAGAGUUCUGACACAAUUGGCCCAAGUUGGUAUCUAAAAAAUGUGAAUGGGGUGGCAUGUGACGAUAGUUACCUAUACCUUGUACAGCAUUGAAAGGUUUCUUGGCAGGAGAAGAUGGAUUACUGGCACUGACAAUGGCAAAACCUUUAGACCGACUGAACUCGACAAAUUCCCUUGCUUCCUAAACAGAGAAGAUGCCAUUACCGUACUUGGGAUGUGAUCAAAGAGAUAUAUUCAGAUUUUGCUGGGGGUGGGAGAGGGAAUUUAGCGGGGAGGUGAGCGACGGGGGAGAAGCUAGCGCCGCCGAACAAGCUGCACCAGGAAUCUGGGGGUACAGUUGCUAAUGAGGGUAAGGGGCAAAGCCCCCAGGAAAGGUUGAGAUUUUUGGUCUAAUUUUGUUCACAAUCCUUGUUUUUAACCAUACUUAGUUCAAGAGUAUAGAUGCACCAAAUCCUGAUAUUUAUACCCAUGAUGCACCAUAUUAUAGCAUAGCGUGUAUAUGUCUCGACUGUGACUUACUAUUUUUAGUGUAUCCAAACAAUAGUACCAACUUUUAUAUUAUAUAUAACAAAAAAAUCAAAGCUUAUAUAGAGAAAUUUCCUAGAUGAAACAAAAUUUCUGCUUGAUUGAGCAAUAAAAUCCGUAUCGUUGAUACCUUGCAAGGCCUCAGUAUCAUGUCAAACUCCUUCGUUGUCUUUAGAAGUUGCACGGCCUGAAAAUGCAAUAGGAUCUUUGGAUUAAAAUACUUGUAAAGAAUUAGAUGCAUAAAAUAAUAGCAAGAAGAGCUUGGUAAAAUUGCUAUUUCAUAUAGUUUCUCAUAAUUCUUGUCUUGCAUUGCUGUAUAGUGUAGUUAUCUUUUCAACCAUCGGCACUGGAAAUUCAUUGAUGCAUGUACAGAUACAUCAAAAAGUGCAGUUGACUUGUGACUUUAUACAGCAAUUGGUUUCGAUUUGAAGAAAAUGACUUAAAUUGUGAUUUGAUUUGCACAUAAGUCAAACGCAUGGUCGUAAAUAUCUAGCGAAAACUGAAAAGUAACUUCGACCACUGCAUGGCACUGUAAAUUAAUUUAUGUAUAACGCAUAGUGCAGCUGAUCAAAAACAAUACAACCUCAUUUCUUUUUCACAAUUAUUGAACGAGGUUGAGUAUGAUAUCGAGAAUUAUAAUAUAGCCAUUCACCGUAUAUGAGCUGUUCUACAAUCUGAUUGGUUGAAUUACUCGCCGUAUAUCAGCUCAUACGGCGAGUAGGGAAAAACAAGAUGGCGGUCCAAAAACUACAUGAGUUUUGCGAAGCAGAAAAAAGGAAAAUAUUCGCUUUGAGAAAGAUAAUAGAACAAGAAAAAACUCUCAAAACAAUUUGACAGGUUAGCAAAAUACAUUUAUUACAUAGAAAUUAGUUUAAAUACAAGUUUUUUUAAAGAAUUAACAGCGAAACAACAGCGAAAAGAACAUGUUCAUUGAGAAUAUAAAUUGUUCAGAAAAGUUUCAGUCAUAUACGACUCGAGCUCAUGGAAUAAUUGUUAAUUAUCAAGGCCUCGGUUUGUGAUAACACAAACCGAGGCCUUGACAAUUCUUGAUAUCAUACGAAAACCGAAUUCAAUAAUUAUUUUACUAUAUAUACAUACAAAAGCUAGAAAGAAAGCAAAGCCAUUUUGUUUACGCUAUUAAAAAUAUGGAACUUUCGCGCGCUCUUUAGCAGACAAUGGACCGUUUUUGAUUUGGAUUCAUACAAAAUUCGUGGAUGAUACUUCAGCCCUCGAGAUUAUUCCUAGGAACCCCAGUCUAUAAGCCUCCUUAAUUUUGCAGUCUCUGAUAUACAUGAAUUUGCUAAUGAGCAUAACAUGAAGCUCAAUCCUAAGAAGUGUAUAAGGAAAUGCUUAUAAACUUCCUACACAACCCCAAUUUCUUACUCCGACCAAUCCAAAUUGGUAACAAUAUUAUUGAACGUGUGAUAACGUACAUUUUUGGGUGUCAUUCUGAGUAGCGACCUAAAAUGGAAUCCUCAUAUUGAAUACAUUGUUAGGAAGGCUAACAAAAAACUAUACCCUUCAAGCGUCCUGCGAAGAGCUGGCGUCGACCAAACGAAUUUACUGAAAGUGUACCUGCAUGUGCACUGUAAGACUGGUACUUGCAUGAGUACGCCGUUCCUAUUUGGCAAAACAUUCCGGAUUAUCUAUCGAAGAAAAUUGAGUCGGUGCAAAAACGAGCACUAAAGAUAAUUUUCUCGGAGAGUGAAUCAUAUGCAGACGUCCUGAAUUUUGCACAACUACCAACUUUAAGCACAAGAGUCCAAAUAUGUCAGAAAUACAUGGCCAAAAUGAGGUGAGAAAACCACCCCUUAUUGCCAAUACCCGUUGUUCCUGACCAUGAUAUUAACUUGAGACAGGACGCUGAUCGAUCUUAUCUAUUUAAUGUCUAUACUGAUUGCAGAACAAUUAAAGCUCAAUCCUUUUUCACAUUUAAAUACUCUUAAUAUGUUAAGAGAUAUUAAAAAUAUAUAUGAUAAUUUGUAAAUUACUCAUGCACUAUUUACUAUUUUGGUAAAUGCCUAAUGAUUUUAACUCUUGUAAAUAGCCUAGAUUCUAAAGCAUAUUCACGUACUAUUUUAUAACUUAUUUCUAUCCAUUUUUCAUUGUGCAUUCCGAUAUGGAUACACUCAGAAUAAAUAUUCAAUGGCCAAGAUGAUUGAGGAGAGGGAUCGAUUAUUGUUCAAUAAGGUCAUGCACAAUCCUGAACAUUGCCUAUAUGAGUUGUUACCGGAAGAACGUCGACGACCUUUAAGAGAACGCGAUCAUCAAUUUAUGUUACCAAAAGUUUACACAGAACGUUUUAAACAAUCAUUUUUGAACAAGUGUCUUUUUAAUGACUUUUAGUUUUAAAAUUUUGUUAUAUACGAUAUAUAAUAUUAACUAUAAUGCAUGUAAAUAAUUUAAUUUAGAAAUAGUACUGAAUUUGUAAAUAAUCUAAUUUAACAUUUCUCAUAUGCACUGAACGUUUUAAUAAUUACUAUAUAUAUAUAUAUUUACACAUAUCUUAUAUGCACUGUAAAGAUGCACGUUUGUUGCAACUUCAAUUUCUAAUAAAGACGUAUAAUAAUAAUAAUAAUUUUAAUUAAAGUACUCGUUAAUUCAGUUUUUUGUAACUGCAAGAGAGUUCUAAUAAACUAUUAUUAUUAACAGUUAUUCUACGAACUCGAGUCGAAUGUUUUUAUGUUUUUAUCUUCGCUCUUUCGACCGAUUAUUUUUUUCACAAAUAUAUAUUUUUAGCCAUUUUAAAUUAAUUUGCUAACCUGUAAACAAUUUGUGGGAGUUUUUUCACUGUGUUUUUAAUCCUGUAAAGGCUAUAAAAAGCGAACAACUUGCCGUUUUCUCGUUCGCAAACGUCGGAAAUUCAAUUUAAGCCGCCAUUUUGUUUUUUCUACUAGCAGCUAAUAUCCUGCUAGUAGAGAACCAAUCAGAUUGCAGAAUACCUCAUAUAUCCAGACCUUAUGUACAUAAUGAAUAAUAAUAAUAAUAUAUACUGUAAUUGAUACGGGUGAGUAGUGAAAGACCCCCAUCUGGAGUUCAAAGGGAUGCCGCCAAUGACGUCACGCUGCUCCGAAAGUAAUUAGUAUGCAAAAUAUGUGACGUAACUUUGCUGGCCCUAACCCUAACCCUGGGCCAGGUAGCGCGACCAAUUAACGCGGUGGGCCAACUGUGACGGGUAGCGCGACCAGUUAACGCGGGCAGGACUGGGCCAACUGCGGCAGGCGAUCGAUUAGCAUUACAAUGCAGUAACGAGACCAAUUAGCGGCACAACACAGUAGCGCAACCAAACAAAUUAUCAAAGAUUAUAAAUAUCGUAUAUCAAACAUACGUUUCAUUUCUCACUGUUGCAUUUGGCAAGUGGUCUCUGGUUUUCUCUGGUUCUGAAGUGUUCUCUGCUUUUGGAUUGCGUUGGAUUGUUUUUUAAAAUGGCUCAUUCAGUAAGUUUGUGUAUUUGUUUUGAAUAUAUGUUUACGAUAGUUUCAGAGUCAUAGGCUGGAUAAAAUUUGUUUUUGAAUAUAUGUUUACAAUAGUUUUAGAUUAAUAUGUUUAUGAUAUUUCUAGAUUAAUAUGUUGCAUCUUAUCAAAGCUUGUGAAGCUGAAAGUGAACUCGACUUUCUUCAGGAGUCGUUUAUACUCACUGAUGAGCAGAAGGAAGCUGUUCUUCAACAACGCAUUAUAUUUUGGACGAAUGCUAUGGCUGAAGAUAUUGAACGGGAGAAUCCUGUUGGAGUUGACCCUGAUAUGAUGGCAAACUGGACCGAGGAUCAACGUCACCUUUUCAACGAAGACUGGGCCAAUGAUGAUGGUUUAUGCGAGUUCGAACAGUUGCCAGGAAACCAAAUAGGUGAAGGGAGCAAGCGAAAGCACGCCAGCGACGACGUCCCCUCAAAACGCCAAAGACCAGAGGAGUAUUUCACUAUUAAAUCAGCCAAGCAAGUCAACGUGAGGAAAUUCAGGACGACAGGUACACAAACUGUUUUUAUAUUUUUAAGCGUGUAUUUCUAAACGUAACAUCAGUUACGUGAGGGAUAUAGAUUGUUAUGUGCGAGUAAGGUUUCGUUUUUAUUAGGCUCUGUUUACACUAUACCGGAUUGCUACCGGAGUGGGUCAAAUUUUAUAGGUAUCGAAAGGUUGUGAAGGUUUUUAAUCUCAGAGACUCGAAAAAACAUGUCAAUUCUGUCAAACUACUAAGCAUUUGCUACUAACCAUUGCUCCGUAACGGCAAAAGACGUCGUCGUGACCAGCGAAUCCGAUAUAGUGUAAACAGGAUCUUAUAAGAGUUAUGUUUAUUGCUUGUGUGUACCACUGGCUGUACAAACCUAUCCAACGCAUAAGCUUUUUAUAAAUGGCCAUAACUCUCAAAUAAAGCUUUAGUAUUUACAGGGCUUAUGAUUUGAAUUGUAGCUAAAGUAUAGCACUAUCCGAUAAAUAGCCUUGUUUGUACAAUCCACGACCCCCGUUUUUAGGUGGAUUAUUCUAUAUUACUGGGUAAUCUCUAUGAUGAUUACUGUAUGUCCAGCGAGGGAUAGCUUUAAAGUUUGUUCGUUCACUGCAAUCAGAUAUAUAAAUCAUGUUAUCCGUUGGUUGUCCGUUAAUCUCUCACUGUGGACACACGUUGCAGAAUAAGACGCAGGCCAGGCCGAACGUGUUUAUAUUUCCACAAGCCUAUGCCUAGGCCACCACUUGUAGUGAACCCAGAUUUCCAGGUUUCCAUUAACAGGGCCAAACCGGUCAGAACGGUCAAAUUGUUGUAUGAAACAAAAAACCUUUGGGCUUUGGACUUAUCUGAACGGAAAAUUUAGAUAAUAUUACAAUGAGGUCCAUGUUCGCUAGAUAUUUGAGAAACACACACUAGAUCUUUCCCUUGAUACAGAUAAAAACAAUUUGGGUCUGACCGGUCAGGCCAUUGAAUGGAAAGCGCCCACUGUCAAAAUGUAGGCCAAGGUUAAUGCAAGGCUUGUAAACACGACUCAUAAAAUGUUGGGGUGUUUAAGACUACUUGUUACCAACCAUAGUCUUCUGAUUGCUAUUACUUAGUACAAUAGUGUAUUACGGUUUUUAGGUACAGAUUAUACUGUUCAAUUCAAUCCGUUGGACGUGCACAGGGUGUCAAACGUUAUGUCGACGUUGAACCGCGCAUUUCAACAUUUAUUUGACCGACUGACGAGUGAUAUGGCACCUCACGAUCAAGUUCGCUUGAUCCUCAACUCGGAUCAGCUGGACAAAUCCAUUUCCUUGCCUUUCCUGCAACGCGAUCGUCUAACCCCAGAACGUUUCCUGGCAGCUGUCGAACGUGUCGUACAGUCCAAUGAUCAAUUUACUUUGGAUGACUCUGUCAGCGUCAACGUGGUCCAUGUAGAAAUGCCUCAGGGUGGUACCGGGCGUAAACGUGAUGUUGUGAACUUGGAAAGUUUUCCCAGAAAAAAGGAUUGCAUCAUCCAAAUAAAAAACAAAGAUGAUCUCUGUUGUGCCAGGGCGAUAGUGGUGGCCAAAGCAAAAUUGGAUAACGAUCCGCAGUACAAGAGUAUCGUCAGUCGCACUGGUACUCUGCAAAAUCGUUUAGCCCAAGAACUCCACGAGUCAGCGGGUGUUCCUCUUGGUUCCUGUGGAAUCCCGGAAAUCAAAAAGUUCCAAACUGCUCUUCCUGGUUAUCAACUCAACGUGAUUUCCAAGGAACAUUUGAAUGCCCUUAUCUACUCAGGCCCUGAGGCUGAAAAACACUUAUAUUUAUACCAUCAUGACAACCAUUACGACGUCAUCACCAGUAUGCCUGCUUUCCUCGCCCGUAAACAGUAUUGCCAUAAAUGCAAGAAAGGCUACGACAAAAUUACCAGCCAUCCGUGUGGCGAUCUGUGCAAGCUGUGUCAUACCCAGAACUGUCCCAUCGUUGAAUGGAAAUUUUGCAAAGACUGUAACCGGUUCUUUAAAAGUGACGAAUGCUUCAACCGCCAUAAAGAUGACGCUGGUCCUGCUAAAUCCCUGUGUCAUGCUUUAAUUAAAUGCAAGAAAUGCAAACGUGUUGUUACUCGUGCCAGUCUUCGUGAUCAUCAUUGUGGCAAAGUGAGAUGUUCUACAUGUCAAAAAUACGUCAAACCUGAAAACCACCAAUGCUAUCUUCAACCUGUAAAGGCGAAGAAGACACGAUCCCCUGAAGAAGGAAACGAUUUGCUCGAUGAUGAUGUAGCCGUGCAAAACGACGUAGAAGACACCGAAAACUUGAUGUUCUUCGACUUUGAGUGCACGCAAGACGAUGGUAAACACGUUCCCAAUCUCUGCGUAGUCCAGAACGAAAGCGGUGACGAGAAAGUCUUUUCUGGGCCAAACACAAAAGACGAGUUUUGCGAAUGGAUGUUUCAGCAGGAAAACACGAAUACGACGUUUGUCGCGCAUAAUUUCCAGGCCUACGACGGGUACUUUAUUCUGCAAUACCUUUACAAGAAUGGUAUCACUCCAGAAAUCAUUACCCGUGGCGCAAAAAUCCUUUCGCUCACUGUCCCCGAAAUGAACAUCAAGUUUAUUGAUUCUCUCUGUUUUAUCCCAAUGAAACUCGCCGCCUUCCCGAAAACGUUUGGUCUCACAGAGCUUCAGAAAGGUUACUUUCCUCAUUUCUUUAACCGUGCUGAGAACCAAGACUACGUGGGACCUCUUCCAGACUCGAAGUUCUACGAUCCUGAUGGCAUGAGCAGCGAUGACCGCGAAAAGUUUUAUACAUGGUACAACGAGCAAGUCCGGCGUCAGUACGAGUUCAACUUUCAAGCCGAAAUUCUGCGAUAUUGUCAAUCCGAUGUGGACAUUUUGCGUCGUUGUUGUCUCGAGUUCCGCGAACUUUUCAGCCAAAUCACAGAUGUUGACCCUUUUGCCUCUUGUCUUACCAUUGCUUCUGCGUGUAAUCUCGUCUUCCGUAAAACGUUCCUCCAGGAGAACACCAUCGCCGUCAUUCCCCCUUGCGGGUACAAGCCUGAAAACAAACAGUCCGUCAUCGCCUUGAAGAUGCUGGCCUGGAUUGCAGAACGUGAUAACAUUGCAAUUCGUCACGCCCGGAACCACGGAGAACAGCGCAUUGGCAAGUAUCUUGUCGAUGGUUUCAACGUUGAAACAAACACUGUUUGGGAAAUUCAAGGAUGCCUGUGGCAUGGAUGCGAAAGGUGUUAUGCCAGAGAUACCGUGAAUUCGAUCAACCAUAUGACCAUGCAAGAUCUUAAGCAGCGAACCCUAGAGAAAAUCCAAUUCCUAAAGGACAACGGAUACAAUGUCGUAGAGAUUUGGACGUGUGAUAUUGAGCGUCAACUUGCCACCGAACCCAAGAUGAAGGAUUUCUUCGACAAUUUUGAGAUUUCUGAACCUCUUGAACCUCGUCAUGCAUUCUUUGGUGGAAGGACUAACGCAACACGCCUAUAUUACGACGUCCAGCCAGAAGAGAAGAUCCGCUAUGUGGAUUUCUGCAGCCUCUACCCAUGGUAUGUAUCUUGUUGAAGUCUUUUAACUCAAACGUGCUUGUCGUUAACCUUCUUAAGCAAUUUUUAGGUGUAACAAAUACGGCGAGUAUCCGGUUGGCCAUCCCGAGAUUAUUACUGAGAACUUCCAACCUAUCAGCGACUACUUUGGUUUGGUGAAAUGUUCUGUGCUUCCUCCUCGUGCCCUGUACCACCCCGUCCUCCCUUACCGUACUCAGGGUAAAUUGAUGUUCCCGUUGUGUCGUACCUGUGCCGACAACCUUCAACAAGAGCCCUGCCAUCACAGCGACGCCGAGCGAGCACUUCAUGGGACGUGGGUGACUUUGGAGCUCGAGAAAGCACUAGAGAAAGGCUACAAACUGGUGAGAAUCGACGAAGUUUGGCACUUCCCCGAGCACACAGAUGGACUGUUUAAGGACUAUAUUGAUACAUUCCUCAAAAUCAAACAAGAGGUAAGGUUUCAUCACAUGUGUGAUAUUGUCACAUUAUUAGUUCCUUAUUAUUCCUUUCCCUUUUGCAGGCGAGUGGCUUUCCUCCGGAAUGUGACACCGACGAGAAGAAGGGGCAGUACAUCGCUGACUACGCCGCCAAAGAAGGUAUUCAGCUGGAUCCAAGACAAAUUGUGAAGAAUUCUGGUCUGAGGGCGUUGGCGAAGCUCAUGUUGAACUCUUUUUGGGGUAAGUGCAAUGGCAAAUUGUCCACUAACGGUACUUAUUUUUCCUAGGGAAAUUCAAAAAAACAAACACAAAAAAACCAAAAACAAGUGUUUGUUAAAAAAUCUAUCAUUUCUUGUAUAGGAAAGUUUGCGCAACGACCCAACAUGACCAAGGUCAAAAUCAUAUCGGAUCCAGCUGAAUAUUUUGACCUCCUCUCUAGCGACCAGAUUAACGUCACCGACGCGAAUUUCAUCAAUGAUGAGCUCAUCGAAGUCCAUUUUGAAAACGUUGACGAAUUCGUGGAAGCCGAUGGAAAGACAAAUGUGGUCAUCGCAGCGUUCACCACAGCCCACGCCCGCCUCAAGCUCUAUGGUGUCCUGGAGCAGUUAAAUCGCCGAGUCUUAUAUUUUGAUACAGAUUCAGUUAUCUACGUUUCAAAGGAAGACGAAUGGGAGCCGCCGACGGGAUCCUAUCUUGGGCAACUAACGGAUGAGUUGGAUGGAGGUUACAUUACAACCUUUGUGUCUGGAGGUCCUAAAAACUAUGCCUACGAGACAAGUACAGAUAAAACAGUAUGCAAAGUUAGAGGGAUCACCUUAAACUACAGAACUGCACAAAAGGUUAAUUUUAAUUUAAUGUGUGAUAUGGUUUGUUUAGAAGCGUUAUCUGAUCUCACAGACAGCAUAGCUGUAAAUAUACCAUACAAAAUAAAUAGAGACACUAAAGAGAAAAGUGUAAAGACGAGGAGUGAGAACAAGGACUAUCGUAUUGUAUAUAAUAAACGUGUGAUUGUAAAUAAUUUUGAUACAUUACCUUAUGGUUUUUAA